AUGGCAGACGCAGCCAGUCAGGUGCUCCUGGGCUCUGGCCUCACCAUCCUGUCCCAGCCGCUAAUGUACGUGAAGGUGCUCAUCCAGGUGGGAUACGAGCCUCUUCCUCUAACAACAGGAUGAAAUAUUUUUGGGCGGCAAGUAUGUCAGCUUCCUGGCCUGUUUUGUUAUGCUCGGCACAUUGCGAGCAUCGAUGGGGAGCAUGGGUUGUUCACAGGCUUAACUCCAAGACUGUGUACAGGUGUCCUUGGAACUGUGAUCCAUGGUAAAGUUUUAUAGCAUUACUAGCAAUGUGACAAGGCCGAGGAUUUAGGCUCUGGAAAUGUACAGAAAGAAGUCUCACACACACACACACACACACACACAUACACAAAAGAAGUCACACCUUCCUUCAACCAAGUUAUCAAGGAGACAACAGAAAUGAUGGCCCAUUCUGCUGCUACCCUCAUCAUACAUCCCUUCCACGUGAUCACACUGAGAUCUAUGGUAUAAUCCAUUGGCAGAGAAUCCAAGUACUAUGGACCUUAUGACUCCAUAGUAACCAACUAUAGAGAAGAGGGCAUCCUAGGAUUUUUUGCGGGUCUUACUCCUCACCUCCUAGGUGACAUCAUUUCUUUGUGGCUCUGUAACUCACUGGCCUACCUCGUCAAUACCUAUGCACUGGACAGUGGGGUUUCUACCAUGAGUGAGAUGAAGAGUUAUUCCCAAACUGUCACAGGAUUUUUUGCCAGUAUGUUGACCUAUCCCUUUGUGUUUGUCUCUAAUCUUAUGGCUGUCAACAACUGGGGGCUUGCUGGUGGAUCCCCUCCUUACUCCCCAAUAUAUACUUCUUGGAUAGAUUGCUGGUACAUGCUACAAAAAGAGGGAAAUAUGAGCUGAGGAAAUAGUUUGUUUUUCUGGAAGGUUCCCUUUGGGAAGACUUAUUGUUGUGACCUGAGAAUGUUAAUUUGAAGAUGUGCGGCAGGGACAGUGACAUUUCUAUAGUCCCAGAUGCACAGAAUUAUGGGAGAGAAUGUUGAUUUCUAUACAGUGUGGC